AGAGGGCGGUGGCCGCGGCCUAUACUUUCCUGCAGAAGAACCCGAAGCACGAGCUGACCGCCAAGUACCUGGCCUACUACCGGAGCAUGGUGGACAUCUCCGACGAGUCCCUCACCGACCUGGAGGCCCAGCCCUACGAGGCCGUGUUCCUCCGGGCGGUGAAGCUCUACAACAGCGGCGAUUUCCGCGGCAGCGCCGAGGACAUGGAACGCGCCCUGGCCGAGUACCUGGCCGUCUUCGCCCGGUGUCUGGCGGGAUGCGAGGGGGCCCAGGAGCAGGUGGAAUUCAAGGACUUCUACCCGGCCAUAGCAGAUCUCUUUGCAGAGUCGCUGAGGUGCAAGGCGGACUGCGAGGCUGACCUCACCCCUAACGUGGGCGGCUACUUCGUGGACAAGUUUGUGGCCACCAUGUACCACUACCUGCAGUUCGCCUACUACAAGUUGAACGACGUGCGCCAGGCCGCCCGCAGCGCCGCCAGUUACAUGCUCUUCGACCCCGGGGACGCCGUCAUGCAGCAGAACCUGGUGUACUACCGCUUCCACCGCGCGCGCUGGGGCCUGGGCGACGAGGACUUCCUGCCCCGGCAGGAGGCCGAGCUCUACCACGGUCAGACGGCUGAGCUGCGGCAGCUGCUGGACUACACGCAUGCGCACCUGCAGGCUGACGACGAGAUGGCGCUGGAGGAGACGGAGCCGCGCCCCCAGCCGGAGCAGCUCCUGUCCGAUGCGGAGUUUGAGGGGAUCGGUGACUACGAGGAGGGGCUCUACGCGGACUGGUGGCAGGAGCCAGACGCCAAGGGGGACGACGCCGAGGCUGCCGCCAUGGAGGUGAAGAACCUGGUCGAGCGGCCCAUCAAGGUGACGGAGUGGCAGCAGACCUACACCUACGACUCGGGCAUCCACUCGGGCGCCAACACCUGCGCGCCCUCCGUCAGCAGCAAGGGCGUCCUGGACGAGGACGAGGCCUGCGGGCGCCAGUACACGAUCAAGACCACCACGUACACCCAGGGCGCGCCCCAGGGCCCAGGUGACCUGGAGUACCAGAUGUCCACCACGGCCAGAGCCAAGCGUGUGCGGGAGGCCAUGUGCCCCGGUGUGGCAGGCGAGGAGAGCUCCCUGCUGCUGGCCACGCAGGUGGACGGCCAGGCCACCAACCUGCAGCGCCUGGCCGAGCCGUCGCAGCUCCCGCCCACCGCCACCCGCAGCUCACCCGUGGAGUCAGUGCUGUUCUAUGCCAUCACCACGCUGCACAAUCUGCUGCUGUACCAGGAGGGCGCCAAGAUGGCCGUGCGGCUAGCAGAUGGGCUACAGAAGAUGGUGCCACUGCUCAACAAGAACAACCCCAAGUUCCUGGCCAUCACCACUGACUGCCUACAGCUCCUGGCCUACGGCAACCAGGAGAGCAAGCUGAUCAUCCUGGCCAACGGGGGACCCCAGGCGCUGGUGCAGAUCAUGCGGAACUAUAGCUAUGAGAAGCUGCUGUGGACCACCAGCCGCGUGCUCAAGGUGCUCUCCGUGUGUCCCAGCAACAAGCCGGCCAUCGUGGAGGCUGCCCUGUGCUGGGCCCUGGGUCCCACCGCGCCCGCGCUGUGUCCCCAGGAGGGCCUGGAGGGCGUGCUGAAGACCCUGGUGAACCAGCUCAGCGUGGACGACGUGAACGUGCUCACCUGCGCCACGGGCACGCUGUCCAACCUGACCUGCAACAACAGCAAGAACAAGACGCUGGUGACGCAGAACAGCGGCGUGGAGGCGCUCAUCCACGCCAUCCUGCGCGCCGGUGACAAGGACGACAUCGCCGAGCCUGCCGUGUGCGCCCUUCGCCACCUCACCAGCCGCCACCCCGAGGCUGAGAUGGCACAGAACUCCGUGCGCCUCAACUACGGCAUCCCGGCCAUCGUGAAGCUGCUGAACCAGCCCAACCAGUGGCCGCUGGUCAAGGCCACCAUCGGGCUGGACGGCGUGCGGAUGGAGGAGAUCGUGGAGGGCUGCACCGGUGCCCUGCACAUCCUGGCCCGCGACCCCAUGAACCGCAUGGAGAUCUACCGCCUCAACACCAUCCCGCUCUUCGUGCAGGUGGGGCGGCCGGGCCCGCAGUGCGCUCCUUGGGCGGCCCCGGGGAGAGGGUGCGAGCUGCAAAAGAGCCGCGAAAGCGGUGAGUGUGUCUGGGCUGGGCUGUGGCGGGUGCGGCGGCCCAAACUCCGCCUGACGGAGCCUCGCUGUCUCUGCUCAGCCACCUACGCUGCCGCCGUGCUCUUCCGCAUCUCCGAGGACAAGAACCCUGACUACCGCAAGCGCGUGUCCGUGGAGCUGACCAACUCCCUCUUCAAGCACGACCCGGCGGCCUGGGAGGCGGCCCAGAGCAUGAUCCCCAUCAACGAACCCUAUGCGGACGACCUGGACGCCACCUACCGCCCCAUGUACCCUGGCGACGACCCCCUGGAGCACCUGGACGUGGACGGAGAGUACCCCCUGGACAUGCCCUAUGGCGACGGCCUGCGGCCCCCGUACCCCACCUCGGACCACAUGCUGGCCUAGGCGCCCCGCUGUCCCGCGCUCUCCUCCCGGCUCUGCUGAACCCCGGCUCCAAGCCGGCUCCUUUCUGGGGUGCUGUGGGAGCCUCCG